GGGCGGCGGCGGCGCGACGGCCGUCAGUCGCCGGCAUGGCGGUGUGCGCUCGUCUCUGCGGCGUGGGCCCGUCGCGGGGAUGCCGGCGCCGCCAGCAGCGCCGGGGCCCGGCCGAGACGGCAGCGGCAGACAGCGAGCCGGACACGGACCCCGAGGAGGAGCGCAUCGAGGCGGGCGCGGCGGCGCUGUCCGGGGCGGGGGGCGGCCGGAGUGCUGGCCCCUCGUCGCCCCCGCGCUGCUCCCUGCUGGAGCUGCCGCCCGAGCUGCUGGUGGAGAUCUUCGGCUCUCUGCCCGGUACCGAUCUGCCCAGCCUGGCCCAGGUCUGCACCAAGUUCCGGCGCAUCCUGCACACAGACACCAUCUGGAGGCGGCGCUGCCGGGAGGAGUAUGGCGUUUGUGAAAACUUGCGGAAGCUGGAGAUCACGGGCGUGUCUUGUAGAGACGUCUAUGCAAAGCGUAUAAACCCUCGUGUGAAGUCAGGACGUUUCAUGAAAAUUCUUCCCGAUUAUGAACACAUGGAGUACAGAGAUGUUUACACCUGCCUGCUUCACCGGUACAGACACAUCUUGGGACUGUGGCAGCCGGACAUCGGGCCGUACGGAGGACUGCUGAAUGUGGUGGUGGACGGCUUUUUCAUCAUUGGCUGGAUGUACCUGCCUCCCCACGACCCUCAUGUGGACGACCCGAUGCGGUUCAAGCCCUUGUUCAGAAUCCACCUGAUGGAGAGGAAGUCGGCCACGGUGGAGUGCAUGUACGGCCACAGAGGGCCCCACAAUGGCCACAUCCAGAUCAUGAAGAAGGAUGAGUUCUCCACCAAGUGCAACCAGACGGACCACCACAGGAUGUCAGGCGGGAGGCAGGAGGAGUUCCGCACAUGGCUGAGGGAAGAGUGGGGGCGGACGCUGGAGGACAUUUUCCAUGAGCACAUGCAGGAGCUCAUCCUGAUGAAGUUCAUCUACACCAGUCAGUACGACAACUGCCUGACCUACCGCCGCAUCUACCUCCCGCCCAGCCACCCGGACGACCUCAUCAGGCCUGGCCUCUUCAAGGGCACCUAUGGCAGCCACGGCCUGGAGAUCGUCAUGCUCAGCUUCCACGGGAAGCAUGCCAGGGGCACGAAGAUCACGGGUGACCCCAAUAUCCCUGCCGGGCAGCAGACAGUGGAGAUCGACCUCAGGUACCGCAUCCAGCUGCCCGAUGUCGAGAGCCUCCGUGACUUCAGCGAGCUCUCCCGCAUCGUCCUGGAAGUGGGGGAGCAGGUGCGCCAGGAGCAGCAGCAGGAAGGCGGGCCUGAGGACAGCGAGGGAGAGCCCCGGCCGGGCCCUGUGCAGCCCCAUGCGGAGCCGCCCGCUGAGCAGGGCAGGGAGCCUGGGGAUGGAGAGGCCUUGGCCGCAGCUGAGCAGCCUGUCCAGUCUGGGCAGGGGCAGCCGUUCGUGUUGCCCGUGGGCGUGAGCUCGAGGAACGAGGACUAUCCCCGGACUUGCAGGAUGUGCUUCUAUGGCACCGGCCUCAUCGCCGGCCAUGGCUUUACCAGCCCUGAGCGCACCCCCGGGGUCUUCGUCCUGUUCGAUGAGGAUCGUUUCGGGUUCAUCUGGCUGGAGCUGAAAUCCUUCAGCCUGUACAGCAGGAUCCAGGCCACCUUCCGGAAUGCGGAUUCCCCGUCCCCACAGGCCUUCGAGGAGAUGCUCAAGAACAUCCAGUCCCUCACCUCCUGAAGGCUCCGGCCCUGCGUCGGGCAGCUGCAGGCCCCGGCCCCGUGUCGGAAGAACAGCAGCAUGCACUUGGGAGACUCUGCCUCUGACCCGACCCCCGUCUUCUCGCAGGAGCCUCGACGCGGCUGCCCCAGACGCUUCCAUAGAGCGCCCCGCUGCCCGCGUGCUUGUCAACAGCUGAUGGGAAUGCUGAGCACACCUUACAAAAACAGAAGACCACAACUGGACUGAUCUAGAGCACCGGCUGCAGGGCGUGCAGAUAAGUGCGUUGGAGAGAGUGGCCGUUUUCUAGGGAAAACAAAAUCCUCCUUCAGGGAGGUUCAGGACACAAGAUUCUGCCUCCAGCUGAUGGAACACUGGCUCCACCGUCCUCUCUGCGGGAAGCAAGCCAGAGGGCCUGGGUGAGGGCCUUGGUGACUUGGACUCAGCUUGGGCGGGUAGGGGUGUGUGUGUGUAUGUGUGUAUGUGUGUGUGUGCGCGCGCAAGAGGAGCUCCAGGGAGUCAGCCGCAUUGGGGCCUUGGCUGCAGCCAUUCAGACGGCAUUCACUUAGUGCACGCCAUGCCCCUGCCCCGCCCGCUGGCGUCAGACCCCGAGCUGCACUGCUUCCCAGAACUGGGACGCGGCCCCAUGGGACGGCCCUGCGCCUGUUCCUCCUGCGUGGUUUGCGCAGGUACCGCUCUUGAAAGGGGCGAAGCACCAGAAAUGGUUGUGCUGGGCGAGUCUGAUGCCUUUUGCAGGGAGAGGGCAGCUUUCCGGAAGCAUCACCCACACGUGUGGAGGCGCACUUUGGAGCCAAGCACCCUCGGGGGCCCUCCAGCAUGGAGACCCCAGGCACUGACCCUUCCUCCCGCGUUGUGCCCAGGUCAUGACGCCUGCAUUUGGGGACCCCCUCUGCGGUCUGAUCUUGGCAUCUUCUGAAGAACAGAGCCCCAGCUGCAUGUACACAGGCCUCCGGAGUUGGGUUUAGCUCUCCCUCCAGCCUAUAGAGCCGUCACCGUGCCUGGCAGCCGGGGCGUGUGGCUUCCUGGGGUGGGCAUACUCUGUCCCGCCAGUUGCUCAUCCUCAUUGGAUGGAGUGUGCUGAGCUCUCAUGCCAGGUGCGGGGCCCCAGGGAAGGGAACAGCUUUGUGGUGCCUUCAUGCAGAGACCAAGCUGAGGUGCCCCAUGAAACGUGUGCUGUGUCUCCUGAUGGAUUUCUCCCUGACUGGCCCUUUUCUAAAAUGAUAAUCCCCCACUGCCCUCGCUUCAGUACGUUUGGCAGCUUUGGCCUUCCUUUGCUGCCCAGAAUCACAGAAGUGAUGAGCUCUGGGCACGGCCCUAACCGGCACCGGGGCCUCCCAGGAGGCUCUGUGGGCACCCCCCCAACCCCGAGCAGCUGCCCGGCCCUGUUAGCCAAGUCUCAUCAGAGGCACCGCAGCUCACCUCCCAGAUCCUUCCAGCAGGACCUGUAGUUGGUGGGGACGUCAUCCCAGUUCCUGCAUCUCUCGCGGGACUGAGCCUAAAAGCCUGUCACCUACCUCCCUCUCACAGCGUGGCUGUUCUCUUGUGCCAAGCAUGGCCGUCCCCAAUGGUGACAGCUGGCCUCAAAACCUUGAGGACAAUAACGGAGGACAGCUGGGCGCUAGGCUAUACCUCCAUUCUUUAAAUAAAUCAAGAAAAUGUCUUUCAUCCAGAGCUGAGGCCUGCUCUGAGGGACUGUCUCCAUCCGAGGCCCCUAGCAUUGUAAAGUGCACGCAGAUUGAAGAUGACCACUUCGGAUUAAAAACCAGUCUCAAAUCUGAA